UUACGGUCACACUGCACCGUUCGUACCUGUUUCAGUGUUUUAUUUAAUUCGUAUAAAUAAAUUCUGUAAUAGCGCUCUUUUAAUGAAAUGGCUACGAAAAAUAGAUCUAAGAAAUCUAGUCUAGGCUCCAGCAUUUUCAAAGAGAUUUCCGCAAGCUUCGACCAGCUGGUUCAGGAUGCAGAUCGUUUCUUAAAGCCGCAGCCGGAACAAGUGGGCGCUAUUCAUCAGUUAAUACAGCAAACGUAUACAUUGAGCGUCAGUAGCGAUGUGGCGAAUCAAAAGGACGUUUUACCAGAGUUGGUGUUGGACCAAAUGGAUGAGGAACAAAUUUGGCAACAACUCGAGCUACGCAAUGCUUUAAUGUUGCCACAGUUUGUGGAACAGGCAGCUCAACUUAUGGCGACACGGGAACAGGAUUUGGGCAUUGAACUGGACGACGACGAGGAUGAGGAUGAGGCAGAGAAGUUGUCUGAGCAGGAGAGCGAUGAGGAGAAUGAAGAGGCGGAGUAUCAAUCAGCAUCGGAAGAAGACUCUGAAGGCUUCAAUGAACCUAAAGCGAAAUCAAAGCAAAUGAAGGCGAAGCUCGGAAAGAAGAGUGGCAAGAAAUCAGUGGUUGAUGACACAUUCUUCAAGCUGGAUGAAAUGAAGCAGUUUCUGGAACAGGAAGAUGCCAAGGAAAUGCGGCGACAAAAGAAUAACAAGAAUCCCGUUGACGAUACAGAGGGGAUCGAUCAUUACGCCGAGGAUUUGGGAGUUGGCGAGCAAACUGAAGAUGAAGAGGACGAUGACGAUGAUGGUAAUGUAAACUAUGCGGACUUCUUUGAUAUGGAUGAGGACCUAGAGGAGGCAGCUAAAAAUCUGCCGAAAGAUAAAGCCAGAGACUUUUUCAAUGAAAGUGAAAGCGAGGAGGAGGAAAAAGUUAAUGAAGAUGAAGAUGAUGUAGAGCAGACAGAGCAGCCAGAUGAGGUGGCAAGUGAAAUCGAUGAAGCUGACUUUGUUGCUCAAAGUGGUGUUGAACCUGCCAGUGAUUCCGAUUCGGAUUCGCAGAAAGAUGAUGAUGAAAGCCAACCGGAGGAUGAAGAGAAAUCAAAGUUUACGCAACAAUCGUCAAAUGAAUUGCGUGAGACGCGAUUGCUGCAGCGCAUACGUGACUACGAGGACGUGGUGCUGGGUGACAAGCCAUGGCAACUGCGGGGUGAAGUACAGGCAGGAAAUCGGCCGCAGAACUCGCUGCUGGAGGAGAUUCUCGAAUUUGAUUCGACGACGCGCCCGGUAGCAGCAAUAACAGAGGAACAAAACGAAACCAUCGAGGAUAUAAUUAAGCAACGCAUCCGUGACAAGGCUUGGGAUGAUGUGGAGCGCACUGUGCGUCCGAUGCAAACGGCACAAGAAUAUCGCAAGCAGCUGGUGCUCGAUCAGGAGAAAUCCAAGCAGUCGCUGGCUCAGAUCUAUGAACAGCAAUACCAACAAGAGAUGCAGAAACUUGAUCCCAAUCGCGAUGGAGAUGAUAGUACGACACCCGAGUCCAAGGAGCAUCAAGAAAUCAAACGUGCUAUGCGCACACUAUUCCUCAAGCUUGACGCCCUUUCCAAUUUCCAUUUUACACCCAAACCGGUCGCUCCAGAGAUUAAGAUUGUCACCAACACUCCUGCCGUUCACAUGGAAGAAGUGGCUCCUGUAGCCGUUAGCGAUGCUAAGCUGCUGGCACCCGAGGAGGUGUUCCGUGGUCCCAAGCACACGCCGUUGGGCAAAACGGAACGCACGCGCACCGACAAGAAUCGCGAGCGUCGCAAGAAGAAACAGAAACAGCGCGCCAUCAACAGCGCCUUGGAGCAACGUGAUCUGCAGCGUGCCAAGGAAGGCAAGGCGCCCACUCAGCGUGAAGCGAACGCCAAGUUAUUAAAAUCGAUUACCAAGAGUCGAAAUGUGCAAAAGAUUACGAGCAGCAAUGAUCAGGGCGCACUUAAAUCAUCAAAGGCCUUCUUUAAUAAGCUGCAGGAUACAACAUCAUCGACGGCAUCCGUUGGCAGUAAACGUCCCAAAAAGGACACUUCGAAAGCGAAUGCCAAAAAACUCAAACUGUAACUUGUAACUAAGAUAUUAGGUCUUUAAUAAAUGUUAAUUAUAUUUGACA